GCUACAGUAGCUGGGACUACAGUGUUGCCAUCACUCCUGCCCACAGCAGGAGCUGGCUGGAGCAUGAGGUGGAUUCUGUGCUCAAGCCUCACCCUCUGCCUGAUGGCGCAGACGGCCUUGGGUGCCUUGCACACCAAGAGGCCUCAAGUGGUCACCAAAUAUGGAACCCUGCAAGGAAAACAGAUGCAUGUGGGGAAGACACCCAUCCAAGUCUUUUUAGGAGUCCCCUUCUCCAGACCUCCUCUAGGUAUCCUCAGGUUUGCACCUCCAGAACCCCCGGAGCCCUGGAAAGGAAUCAGAGAUGCUAUCACCUACCCGCCUGGGUGCCUGCAGGAGUCCUGGGGCCAGCUGGCCUCGAUGUACGUCAGCACGCGGGAACAGUACAAGUGGCUGCGCUUCAGCGAGGACUGUCUGUACCUGAACGUGUACGCGCCAGCGCGCGCGCCCGGGGAUCCCCAGCUGCCUGUGAUGGUCUGGUUCCCGGGAGGCGCCUUCAUCGUGGGCGCUGCUUCUUCGUACGAGGGCUCUGACUUGGCCGCCCGCGAGAAAGUGGUGCUGGUGUUUCUGCAGCACAGGCUCGGCAUCUUCGGCUUCCUGAGCACGGACGACAGCCACGCGCGCGGGAACUGGGGGCUACUGGACCAGAUGGCGGCUCUGCGCUGGGUGCAGGAGAACAUCGCAGCCUUCGGGGGAGACCCAGGAAAUGUGACCCUGUUCGGCCAGUCGGCGGGGGCCAUGAGCAUCUCAGGACUGAUGAUGUCACCCCUAGUCUCAGGUCUCUUCCAUCGGGCCAUUUCCCAGAGUGACACCACGUUAUUCAGACUUUUCAUCACUCAUAACCCACUGAAAGUGGCCAAGAAGGUUGCCCACCUGGCUGGAUGCAACCACAACAGCACACAGGUCCUGGCAAACUGCCUGAGGGCACUAUCAGGGGCCAAGGUGAUGUGUGUGUCCAACAAGAUGAGAUUCCUCCAACUGAACUUCCAGAGAGACCCUGAAAAGAUUAUCUGGUCCAUGAGCCCUGUGGUGGAUGGUGUGGUGAUCCCAGAUGACCCUUUGGUGCUCCUGACCCAGGGGCAGGUUUCAUCUGUGCCCUACCUUCUAGUUGUCAACAACCUGGAAUUCAGUUGGCUUUUGCCUUACAUCAUGAAGUUUCCGCUAAACCGGCAGGCGAUGAGAAAGGAAACCAUCACUAAGAUGCUCUGCAGUACCCACACCCUGUUGAAUAUCACCAAGGAGCAGGUACCACUUGUGGUGGAGGAGUACCUGGACAAUGUCAAUGAGCAUGACUGGAAGAUGCUACGAAACCGUAUGAUGGACAUAGUUCAAGAUGCCACUUUUGUAUACCCCACACUGCAGACUGCUCACUACCACCGAGAAACCCCAAUGAUGGGAAUCUGCCCUGCUGGCCACGCUACAACAAGGAUGAAAAAUACCUGCAGCUGGAUUUUACCACAAGAGUGGGCAUGAAGCUCAAGGAGAAGAAGAUGGCUUUUUGGAUGAGUCUGUACCAGUCUCAAAGACCUGAGAAGCAGAGGCAAUUCUAAGGGUGGCUAUGCAAGAAGGAGCCAAAGAGGGGUUUGCCCCCACCACCCAGGCCCUGGGGAGACUAGCCAUGGACAUACCUGGGGACAAGAGUUCUACCCACCCCAAUUUAGAACUGCAGGAGCUCCCUGCUGCCUCCAGGCCAAAGCUAGAGCUUUUGCCUGUUGUGUGGGACCUGCACUGCCCUCUCCAGCUUGACAUCCCAUGAUGCCCCCCUACUUCACUGUUGACAUCCAGUUAGGCCAGGCCCUGUCAACACCACACUGUGCUCAGCUCUCCAGCCUCAGGACAACCUCUUUUUUUCCCUUCUUCAAAUCCUCCCACCCUUCAAUGUCUCAUUGUGGCUCCUUCUUAUGGGAGGUCGACCCAGACUGCCACUGCCCCUGUCACUGCACCCAGCUUGGCAUUUACCAUCCAUCCUGCUCAACCUUGUGCCUGUCUGUUCACAUUGGCCUGGAGGCCUAGGGCAGGUUGUGACAUGGAGCAAACUUUUGGUAGUUUGGGAUCUUCUCUCCCACCCACACUUAUCUCCCCCAGGGCCACUCCAAAGUCUAUACACAGGGGUGGUCUCUUCAAUAAAGAAGUGUUGAUUAGACCUGAAUUUCUCCACCUAUAAAAUGGGUAUGUGAAGUGAAUGAUGUCUCAAUUUCAGCCCUGAGAGAAAGGAAGUAUUGCUGCCUGUUCCUUAGUGGGCUGUGCCUGGAUGCUACACUCAGUCAAAGGGUGCUACUGCAAAGUUGCCUGGGGUACAAAACACUUGC